AGCUAUUUUUCAGUCUAGAUUCUUCGUUGCAAGAAUAGAGUAUACAUUUUUUAAAAGUUUAUUUUCUAUAUUUUAUUGUUACUAAUCUGAAAUAAAAAUGGGAACCGUUAACAAUCCAGAAGUGCCGUUUUUAUACUCGAUUCCAGGAAGUCUUCACCACGGCAGCAAAAUUGAAAUUGCUGGUCAAAUGCUUGACAGUGAAAGAUUCCGUGUGGACCUUAAAACCGGUUCCCAUGUUCCAGAUAACGUCGACGAUAAUACCGAUGAUGAUGUGAAUUUUCAUCUGAGCGUACGUCCACUCUAUGGAAUUUCUCGAAAUCAUAUGACCGAAGAUGGAUGGGGGGAAGAGGAACACGACGAUGAAUGUCCUAUUGCACAUGGUGCAGAGUUUAAAAUGGUUAUUUUGGUUGAAGAGGACAAGUUCAAAGUUGUCAUAAAUGAUUUGGAUUUCUGUGAUUUUCAACAUCGUAUGCCAUUAUCAUUGGCAAAAUUCCUUUACAUCAAUGGCGAGGUUAAAAUUCAUUAUAUCAAAAUUGAAAAUGUAGCUUAAACAAUUCACCCUCACCGCUUAUAUCGUCCAUAACUGUCAACCAAUUUGAUGAUUCAGAUAAUUCGAUCGAACAUUUUAUUUAUUAUAAUCAAUAGGUGUCUAAAACGUGCCACAUCAAGCAUCAAUGUGUGCAAACAUUAACUGUUGACAUCUAUUAUUUGUUAUUCGAAAUAAAACAGGACGGAAAAACUUUCAAUCAUACGGACUUGAUGUAAAAAAUGAAUAAAAAAUAAAGCGAAUGCCUCAUCAGUUUAUCAAUAAUAAA